AUCGUACGUGGAGCAGAGGGUGAAUCACAACUUGUGUGUUCUGUGCCUGACUCGCCCUCUCUGCUGCCCACAACAGGGACACAUACAGUCGUUCGCCCGCCAUGGCCUCGCCCGCGCCCGUCUAUCGCUACCGGCCCAUGCUGCAGUCGGGCCGCUGCGACGACGCGCAGCUGCUGCUCCGCUUCUUUGACUCGGCCCUGCCUUAUCUCGCCUCCAUCGGGAGCGGCGCCCAGUGGGGCAGCGAGCGCUUCAGCAGCCGGCCCACGUCUGUCGCGCGCAUCGCCAACUUCAUCGCGCUGAGCGACGCCACGCACGCGGGCGGCGUGCCCUUUGCGCACAGUGACUGGUGCAAGGCGUUUGUGGCCGAGCGCCGCCUGUCGCGUGACGAGGCCGAGCAGCCCCACGUCCGCGCCCUCCUCGACGAGGCGGGCCAAGGACAUGGACAAGUACAGGGGCACGAGCAAGAGCUCAGCGGCGGCGGCAUCUGGCUGCCCGUCGCUGCGAUGCUCCUCUGCAGCCGGCCGUGCGACUACCUCGCAUCGAUCUGGCCGGGCCAGGACGACGCCGACCCAUUCGUCUUUCUGCGCUACCUCAUCAGCGACCACCGUGCCGGGACGCUGAGCAAGGGCGCUGCGGGCAGUCUUUUGGCCCUGGCCAGAAAGGAAGCAGAGGCGCUGGGCAUCCGACGCAUCUGUGGAGACUGCUGGAACGGCAAUGAGCGAAAGCUGGUCAAAUACUACGAGAGCAAGGGCUUCCAGCCAGUCGACGACUUUGUCAAGCCAGCCGGGCCAGACGGCGAGGCGCCAUGGCCAGGGACAGCGUAUGAAUUGAGAUGGUGAUACAAGAUUGUCGAUGGAGUUGUGUAUGAAUAUAUAUAAAGCAAGAGGCCAAUGGCAGCACAGCACGUCUAGCGAUCCUUG